AUGGACAUUCCUCGCUAUGAGCCAGUGGCCGAGAUUGGCGUGGGUGCCUAUGGGACGGUGUACAAGGCCCGGGACCCCCACAGUGGCCACUUCGUGGCCCUCAAGAGUGUGAAAGUCCCCACAGGAGGAGGAAGUGGGGGCGCCCUGCUGGUCAGCACUGUCCGGGAGGUGGCCCUCCUUAGGAGGCUGGAGGCCUUUGAACAUCCCAAUGUUGUUCAGCUAAUGGAUGUCUGUGCCACUGUUCGAACUGACCGAGAGACCAAGGUGACCCUGGUGUUUGAACAUGUGGACCAAGACCUGAGGACAUAUCUGGACAAGGCCCCUCCACCAGGGCUGCCUUUGGAGACCAUUAAGGACUUAAUGAGACAAUUCUUAAGAGGCCUAGACUUUCUUCAUGCCAACUGCAUUGUCCACCGAGACCUGAAGCCAGAAAACAUACUUGUGAUCAGUAGUGGGACAGUCAAGCUGGCUGAUUUUGGCUUAGCCCGGAUCUACAGCUGCCAGAUGGCACUCACACCUGUGGUAGUUACUCUCUGGUACUGGGCCCCUGAGGUUCUCCUGCAGUCGGCAUAUGCAACACCUGUGGACAUGUGGAGUGUUGGCUGCAUCUUUGCUGAGAUGUUCCGUAGGAAGCCUCUCUUCUGUGGAAACUCUGAAGCUGACCAGUUAAGCAAAAUCUUUGACCUGAUUGGACUCCCAGCAGAAGAUGAUUGGCCUCCUGACAUUUCUGUGCCCCGAGGAGCCUUUACUCCUUGUAGUCCCCAGCCUUUACAGUCUGUUGUGCCUGAGCUGGAGGGACCUGGAGCACAACUGCUGCUGGAAAUGCUGAACUUUAGCCCCCACAAACGAAUUUCCACCUUCCGAGCUCUGCAACACUCUUACCUACAGACAGCUGGGGAAGGGAACCCAGAAUGACCACUGGAGGGAUUGUAUCCAGGACCAACACAAAGAGCUUUUUGAGAAGGAAGAAAGCUACCAUUUCCCCUCCCCACGGACACUAGGAUCACUCCUGUGGCCACUGUGAUGUAUAAGCAUCACAAGGCAGGAGGGAGAACAUGAUCCUCCAUACACACGGCCCUUACCCCCAGUCUUUACUGCCUUAAUGACAUUCCCUUACCACAAAUGCCCUUUGUGAGAGACAUCCCUUUGUCCCCACCCUAACCACCCUCUCCUGGUUUGGGGGGAGGGGAAAGGGGGAUUUAUACAGAAAGAAAACAAAACACAAAGCUGCACUGGUUUUUAUGUUUUGGGCUCUGAUUAACUGUGAAUCUGAAGUUCAGUGGGGGAUAGAAAUAGACCAGAGUACUUAAGUUAUGAACUCCUUUAUGGAAUAAUAUAGAUUGCAAGACCUGAGCUGUUAAUACAGAAUAUAAUUGAGGGCAUAAAAAAAAACACACAAAACAACAUAUGCAAAUAGAGGGUUAAAAAGAUUUUUAUUUUUACAUUCACUACACUAUAUUUCAAAAAUACAAAGCCUAUAUUCCUCAGUGACAUGAGAAAGUGGUCACCUCUGGAGAACUCUUACCCUUCCCCCCCAAAAAAAAAAGAAAUUGCUUCCA